AGAUACUCGCUCCUUUCCGUCACAAUCAAUUCCCCCGGGUUAUCCAGCGUUGAUUGCAGAAGGUACAUUCGCACAGCACCCCGCUAUCUACCGCUGUCGUACCGAUAUUGCCUCUUCCUCCUCUCCUUUUGCUGACUUGCUACCAGCCGCGGACGAACCUCCUUAAAACACCUGGCCUCAUUAUUUGAGCCGAGAGAGUUCAACGAGUUUCCUUCUCACCACCUUUCACAUCUUUGGAUCGCUUGACUUUGCCAUACCCUUCCCUCGUUAAACUAAUCAACCAGACGUCUGUGCUACGUUUCAUCAACUUCCACUGGUUUGGCUGGUAUUGUUUCUUUCAAUUCGACCACCCAACCCGUAUAUACCGAUUCUUCGUUCGAACGCCGGAAUAUCUCGGCUCGUUGGUAGAAGGCAAACAAGGAAUAGAAUCUCGUUUAUCCGAGUGUUCGGUUUACUUCUGUUCACGCGGGAUACAAGCCCAUACCCUUCAAGAGCAAAAUAGAUUGUUACAGAAAACCGCAGCAAAGCUCCUUUGAGGUCAGCAGGCACUGCAGGAGAAGCUCCAACCAUCGCCUUCUUCAGUACCGCCCGCCCUAACGAUUUUGUUACAGUGGUUGAUCCUCCUCGACAUACCAAUAAUUGCUAUCCAUUUCGGUUUCACCUCGUGUUUGAUAACAUACGGACCCAGAGGGAAGCCAUCCCUCCCUGCCGUGCCACCUUUAACGGACUUCCCUACCGGCCACGUUACAUCUGCCUUCUGAGACAUAAUAUAUUCUUGCAUUUGCACGGACUAUACAUAAAGACCCCGUUGGACCCUUUCUCAAGAAAACUUUAAACGGAUAUCAGUUCGACCACCUGAAACGGCUCCGACAAUGUCGAAUCGAAACAGCACACCAGACCAGGGCUCGACCACUGGUGGCUCCUCACUUCGUCCUCCAUCUUCCCGACCACUCGGCUCUGGCCAUCAUUUGAGAGCGUCUGCCGACAUGUCCGGUGCCUUUCAAUCUCCCCUGGCAGGUCGGAUCCGUCCUUCCUCUGAGAUCUUUCUGAAUCCUCCCCAGAUUACCUCGCAAAAUGCGGAGACCGAAGCGUUGGACAAGGCGGCACGGGAGUGGAUUAACGAUUUGGAAACGUACGAGAAUACCCUCGAUGAAAUGGCAUCCGCGGCCCUGGAUCAAGACUUCAAGGAUGAGCUCAGUGCCAUCGAGCAGUGGUUCCGGGUCCUUAGUGAAGCCGAGAGAACUGCAGCUUUGUAUGCUCUGUUGCAGCAGACCACCCAAGUCCAGAUUCGGUUCUUCAUUACAGUUCUGCAGCAAAUGGCGAGAUCUCAUCCGAUGUCCAACAUUUUGUCCCCCAACACGUUUGAAAAAGGUACCAUUCCCCUGUGAUGCGAGUUCGUGUGGGAUGCUAAUGUUGCAGACGCUAUGGCUUCUCGUAUGAACGAUGCUAUGAAUAAGAUGAACCUUGGCAAUGCUCGCGACUCUUUCUCUCGCCCUCCGCCUUCUCCUGGAGCACCGCCGAAUAGAAACUCGGGCGUAGAUUCGGCUGUCCAGUCAAUGUUCCCGGACGCGGCUGCCGCAAUUGCUGCCCAACGUGCGUUAAUCUCAGGCCAGCCAGGAAGCGGUGGUGGAGCAAAGUCCAACCGUAACAGUGCGUUGUUUGACUCUCGCCCAUCUUCCUCGUUGGCUCCUACCCCUGCCAUUUCGACCCCGGCCAACAAGGAAAAUAACCCGCCUUCCUCCCCCUGGAAUCGCCCGACAAACGACGGGGGUAGUGAGCAGAACCGUCCCAAGUCUGCGGCAGAUUCUAUGGGUAACUUUCAACUUCCUCCACCAUCUGCCGGAUUGAGGUCUCCGAGGAAUCCUCCUCCCCAAAUUACUGGAAAUACGAACCUUCAGACCACCACCUUGAACGCACCCACAGCUACCGGUAUAGAGAUGCCCCAACUCUCUCCUUAUGGUGAUACAUCAUCUGGCAAUUGGGCAUCAAUGGUCAACACACCAGUUGCACCGAUGUUUUCGCAAUCGCCGGGGGCAGAUAUGGUUGCUAACGCUGCUGCUAUGAAGUUGGCUGCAUUGUCUACUGUUAAUAACCGGAUCAUCCUUGAUAACGACCCGAAGGGAUGGGGAAAGCGCAGGACCGGAAAGGAUCCUAACGGAAGCAAUGGGCAUGGCAAUGUCGGGCUCAAUUCUCCUCGGAAUAACGGAAAUGUACCCGCUUUGUCCCCAAAUAAUAUCGCUAUGUACAACGAGCAUGGACAAUUGGUUCAGAUUCCGGCUGCUGCAGCUGCUGCCAUGGCACAGCAGCAGAACAAUGGCUCGCCUCUUCUUGGAGGCCGUUCCCGCCCGAACUCACCCGGCGUGUUCGGCUCCCCUGCUGCCCAAUGGGGCGGUAUGGGAUUUUCCUCUCCUCAAGCCGGUGGCUUUCUUGCUGCUCAGUCGCCCCUGAUCGGAAGCGGUCUUCUAAACACAUUCGGUAGCCUCGCUGGGUCGACUGAAGGUUAUAAUUCUGAUGAUGUCAAUGGACGUGGAAGGAGCCCGAGAGGUAGACGAGGAAGCUCUAAGCCCCCAGAGGACCCGACCGACCCCAACCUUCUGAAUGACAUUCCUGCCUGGUUGCGUAGUCUCCGUCUCCACAAGUACACUGACAAUCUGAAAGACCUCAACUGGAAAGAUUUGGUCGAGUUGGAUGACGAGGCGCUUGAGAAACGAGGGGUGAACGCUCUCGGAGCAAGGAGAAAGAUGCUCAAGGUUAGUUUAACAAUAUAUCGCCAUCCUCACAACACUUUUUACUAACGCGUUUCGAUGAUUAGGUGUUUGACCAAGUCAAGGAAGCUAAGAAUGAGGGCAAACUACCUGCUUAGAGAACCGAUUGGCGGAAGCGGAUCUGGUGGUAUAUUCAUCAGAAUCUUACACACAAUAUUACCAUGGUUCUCGCUUGUUCAAAGCCCUCGGUGGACCAUUCUUACAUGAAUAUUUCAUUGCUGUCUGUUUGUAUUCCCUAGCCCCUGCAUCUAGGCUGUCUUAUUCCCCAGUUGUGCUCUCUUUUUUUCUUCUUUCGAUUUGAGCUUUCUUUUUUCUUUCCAUCCGAUUGCUAAACGGGAUCAGAGUAAUGUGGUUUAUGGGAAAAAGAAGAUUGCGUGGUCUGAUUAGCGAGUAUGUCAUGUUUCUUUUAU